UUUUAGUUUAUAUUUUUAGCCGGAAUGAAGUGAAGGUGUGCGAAGAAAACAAUAAAUAACGGAAGAAACGUAUAGCGAUUGCAAUUUAAUAAAUUCCGUGGCCAUCGUGUAUGAAAACAAUUGUUCGGCAGGGUUGUGAUUUCUAAUAAAAAUAAGUCAAUUACUAAAAUCACUGUUGAAAAUUAACCUCGAAACAUGUUAGACCACUUGAAUGACGAUUGCUUAUGUGAGAUAUUCCGAUAUCUGAGUGUCAAAGAACAGCUGAUUGUGACAACACUCAACGAGCGCUUCCGCGACUUAAUCGUUGAGAACUUUUGGCGCAAGAAAUACAACAAAUUCACCACAACUGGUGAUAAGAGCUUUGACGAACUCAACUUGUUGGAAUUUCAAAAAUUUUACAGUUACAUCGUGCCACAUAUACAAGAGCUAACGGUGCAUACCACAGCAGAUGUCACAUUCACCAGUUAUUUAGGGCGUUUUACACGCAGACCCGAUCUCGAUUACUACCUACAUUUCAUGUAUCCCACAUUACGUGUGCUACGUUGUUACGAUAAACAAUUCCAUAAUGGACAUCUGUUGAUUGUACUGCGGAAAUGCCCGAACCUCGAAGUACUGCAGCUGCAUAGUAUAUAUUUAACGGGUGAACAUUUAGCAAACUUCCACAAUUUGCGUGAACUCUACAUUUGUAGCGCUAAACUAGGAGCAUUGCAUAUAGACGAACUCUUAGCAAGACGUAAAAUUCUUCGUAUGCAUUUGACGGGUGCAACGACCGUUAAACGUGAUAUGGAUUUGGUUUUGCAGCGCGUCUUCCCACACAUAACGGAAAUGCGUUACUAUGAUGAUGAAGCGGAUAUAGCGACAGCAAAUCUAUUUAAUGCGUCCGCACAGACACUUGUGAAUUUGGAAAAACUUUAUUGUAAUUAUUUAAAGGACUUCGUUUACACAUUGCAUACGUUGAGGGAACUUUAUUUUGAAAGUCAUUUGAAGGUCGUUGACCUGUUUAAACUCGUCGAAAAUAAUACACACUUGGAAAACCUCUAUAUGGUCACGUUGUAUGAGAACUUCUUCGCAAAUACACGCGAAUGGUUAUGCGGUCUAACGGAAUGCUUACGUAAGCAACGUGAACGUAAGGUUGCGCUUAGUAUGCAUCUAAAUAUUCCCCAACGGGUGGUGCAGUAUGUGCGGCAAUUUGUGUUGGACUAUGAUGAUGCCCAUGGUUACCUUGUACCAGUGCUGAAAAUUCAAAAGUUAUCUGCCAAUCCGUCUAUGCUUACCGUGUUGAUCAAUACAAGUGGCAUUGGGUUGGCCUUCAAAUGGAGUUGAUGUUAAAUUUUCUGAAGAUUGCCAGAAUUUAUAGAUAACAAACCAAAAAAAUUGUGAGAUCUUACCUUCCAAGUUUAC